AUGGAACCCAGGAGUCCUGGGCUGAGUGCUUUUCCCUUCCCCUCACCAGGCGGUAGAGGAGACAGAAACACGGUCCCACCCCAGACAGUGAAGAAGCUUCUGGAGCAGAAGAGACGGCAGCAGACGGCGCUGGGGUAUGUGGCCAGCUCUCAGAUCCCAACAGAUGCCAUUGACCCUUCCCAGACGGAUGAGUGCCUGGAGCCCAUGGGGCUGGUAAGGGGAUCUGGGGGGGAAUCUGCCUCUGGCCCCCCCAUGGCUCCCUACCCACCCUGGCAGGUCGAUCCCUCAUGCCAUGCGGCCUUCCCUGACUGCCACUAUCACUGCUCGGCCACGGCCAGCAGCUACCAGCCCCCAGGACCCACGUACGAUGCAACAGACUCCUACGCCCCCGUGGGAACCGGGGCGUUUGGAGCAGGGGAUCCCUACAGCACCAUGAUGGCAGCCACGGGGGACUUGGAGGUCCCUGUGUCAGCCCCCUCACUGGGCCUGUUCCCAACUUCGCAGGCAUCUGCUGCCCCCUGGAUGCAGCCUGCCCGGAGCACCCCCUAUGCUGAUCCCCUAGAGCUGGGUAGCUUCGGGGACCCUGUUGGGGUGCUGGAUCCCGGGGAGCUGGCUAGGGCCCGAGCCGAGAUCCAGAGCAUGGACCCGGCGCGGCUGCUGCAUCAGGAUGAAGAUGGGGACACGAUCCUACACCUGCUGGCUGCCCGGGGGCUGCGUCACUUUGCCCAGGCGGCUGCUGAGGCCUUCAAGGAGUGCGGGCGGCUGGAGAUCAAGGAGCACAAGGGCAAGACCCCGCUGCUGGUGGCUGCCACGGCCAACCAGGCCGAGCUGGUGCGGGACCUGCUGGCGCUGGGAGCCGAUGCCAAUGCCGCUGACCACAAGGGCCAGACUCUGCUGCACCUGGCAGCCACCUACGGGUUCCCCAACGUCCUCAUGGCUGUGGUGGCAUCUGGGGUCCCUGUCAAUGUGGAGGCCAGGAACUUUGACGGGCAGACCCCUCUGCACUGUGCAGUGAUCUCCCACAACAAGGCCUUGCAGGCGCUGGGCGUUGGGACCCUGACCCCAGAGCGGCUGCAGGAGAUGCUGGCCUGCAUUCAGACCCUGCUGCACAUGGGGGCAGAUUACACCAGCCAGGACAUAAAGAGCAGCAAGACAGUUCUGCACCUGGCUGUGCAGGAUGGGAACCUGCCGCUGGUUCAGUUCUUCCUGCAGCUGCCCGGGCCCCGACAAUUCAUCAACAUGAAGGCCCACGGGAACACAGCUCUGCACAUGGCUGCAGCCCUGCCGAGCCCCCCUUGCCAGGAAAGCCUUGUGCGGCUGCUACUGAGCCGGGGGGCUGACCCCAGUGCCCGCAACCUGGAGAAUGAGCAGCCGGCCCAUCUGCUGCCCCCUGGGCCCGGGGGAGACCAGCUGCGCCUCUUGUUGAAGAGCCGGCGCCCGCUCCCUGGCACUGCCCGCCGUCCCACCCAGCCCCCCUAG